GUCCUUGGGAGGGUCUGGCAGCUGAUGUCUGUUGUGGUACCCUCCUCUGGUACACCACUGAGCAUCCAGUUCAGUUUUUCUCAUUUUGAAAGCAAAAUAUGCUGGUUCACAUUUCUUUUUCAUUUCUACUGAUGAACACCUGGUCAUCAGUAAUUUUACUUACUUCUAGUGACACGGUGGGCAUCCACGUGACCAGAAAGGUGAAACUCCAUUGCAGAGCUGGCAUUCCCAUGUGCAGGUUUUAGCAUUUUCUUUCUUUAACCUGUACAGUUCUAGGAUAUCACUGAGCCCUCAUCAUCUUCAAAUGCCUCUAAACAAAUGCCACUGCACAAAUAUAGUGCUGAAGCUAAAUGAGUGACCUAAUUUUCUAUCCCACAAACCCCACUCCCGCGCAGCACACUUCUGCUCUGAACAGAGAUCCUUGAGAAGUGGGAUUGUGUGUUGGCUGUCAGAACUGGCCAGACUAAAUUAUCUUGGUGUUCAUGCAUUAACAGGUGUGUGUGACUGCUUUCCUGCUCGCUGCCAGCCCUGUAAACUCCAUCUGGAACAAGACAGCCAAGUUGCCAUUUUUCUGGAGCACAGGGCAGGACAUCCUGCCUUUGGACUGCUCCUGUCGGUAACGUGAGCAGAUCAAAGUAUCUUCUCUCACCCAGACCUAUGCGUGCCUGGCUGAGCCACUGAGAGCGACCAGGCAAAAUACUCCUUGGGUAAAAGCAAUAGACUGUCUGCAUCCAGACAGACACAGAGAGCAGCCCAGUUGUGAAGGGAAUGUGGCAUUUUCCCUCUACCAGAACUGCUGAACUGCAUUAAACACAUUAUGUUUUUUCUUAGUUCACUAGGAAGAAAGGAGAUGGAGGGAAAGUGGUUUGAGGAAUUGAUGUUUUUCUUACAUCAAACUAAGUGGGAUGCAUUUUUGGUCUUAAAGUGCAGCAGGAGGACCACUGUGACACUUGUGAGAAGGCAGCAAGCUGUCAGGCAGCUCUCUGCAGCAUGUGUAGUUGACCCUGGCUUCGCAACAUGAGCUGCCCCUGGUUAUUGGACCCAAACAGCAGUGUCAUGGUGUGCAUGGCAGGACAGACAGUGACCCUGACGCAUGUUUCUGGGUGUCAUUUUCCUCUGGUCUAGGUUGCUUUUGUCUCCAAUACUUAUUCUCCUGUAAUCUCACUCUACAGCACUGCUACUACAAUGGGUAUUUAUUUCACCUGUUUUCUUUCCUCUGAUCAGGAUCUGCAGUCACUGAUGGUUUAAACAUCCUGGAUGGUGUGAUGAGAAACAGCUUUGUGGCCAGAAGCAGUGGAACACCAAGAGAGCAGAAAGUUUGCUUCCCAGAUUACCUGAAACCAAACCUGAGGGGUUUGUCCUGCUGCAUUCACCUCAUAUUCUGACCUUCCACACGUAAGAGGAUGAUGUUAACUCUGUAAGCAGUUCCAUCCAGCUAAUCAGCUUACCUCACGCUCCAGCAUCCAUUUCUGAGGUGUGUUCUCCUUAUAACUAAUAAAAAAUCAGAAAGCUCUGAAUGUUUCAGUCUAAUGGUUCAUUUCCGUGCUUGAUUAAUAAAACAGUUUAUCUUUCCACUUCCCUAUCUGUUCUGUAGACAGAAUCUACGUGUAAUUUUCUGCAGAAUAUAUAGCGCUUUCUUUUUAAGGAAAAGGGCUAUGACUGGAAAGAAGAAAGAAAAUAGUCUACUUGGCAGGGGUGGAUGCUCCUGUGGUGUUGGCUGCUUCCCUCCCUGAUUAAGCAUGGGAAUGCUGGAAGGAAAGCAGUGAUUCAUAGGCAACAGGAAGAGAAGCAGCUACAGUAGGUGUUGUUGAGGAGAGCAGCGAUGACGUUCCUCUAACCUUGCUAGACAUGGGAACUGUGAGGACAAGCAUGUGACAGGUUUUGUCUUUUAUGGCUGUAACCUUUUGACAGAGGACCCUUUUUGCAACCUGUACAGCAGCGGCUACCUGUCCUUGGGUCAUAUUCCCCUCCCAUACUCAGUCUCCGUGCCCUCUCUCUGCCUGGAGCAGAUAUUGAGGGGCUGGCUCCUUUGCUGUUAGCUAAUGGUAGCUGAUGUGCUGCAGUUGCCUUGUUUGGACUUCUCCCUCAGAGAAGCAGGGGGGUUAUUCAUUGCUAGUUCCUCUGUUCACUCCAGCAGGUGCCAGGACCAUGGGUGACACACAGAAGGGCAAGAUUCAUCAGGGAAGUCCUGUGAGACCUGGACUGCAUCUGUUCCCCUCCAGAAUGCUCAAAGGAGAUACCCUCCAGGAUGCUGACCAAAGACAUGACUGCAAGCAGGAGCUGGAGAUAAAAAGUGAGGUGGAGACAUCUUAUGGAGAGAGGCAGAGAAUGGUAACUCCCUGUGGGACGGAAGUCUGGGAGUGCGACAACAGUGAUAGAGGCCACAUGAGCAAGGCUAUCCUUGCUGGUGACAAGCCAGACCCAACCAUUUGUGGGAACGGUGCCAUUUGGAUUCAGCAGAUGGGAGAGAAAACCUACGAGUGUCCUGAGUGUGGGAAGAGCUUCAGCCGGAGCUCGUACCUGAGCCAGCAUCAGAGGAUCCACCUAGCAGAGAAACCCUUCAGCUGCUCCGAAUGUGGGAAGAGUUUCACCCGCAACUCGGACCUGAUCAAACACCAGCGGAUCCACACUGGCGAGAAGCCUUACCAGUGCAGUGAGUGUGAGAAGACCUUCAGCCAGAGGUCCAAUGUGAUCAGGCACCAGCGGACCCACACAGGAGAGAGACACUACCAGUGCAACGAAUGUGGGAAGAGCUUCAGCCAGAACUCACACCUCAUUGUCCACCAGCGGAGCCACAAGGGUGAGAAACCCUUUAAUUGCCCACGGUGUGAGAAAAGCUUCAGCGAUCGCUCCUCCCUGAUCAUACACCGGAGAGUCCACACUGGAGAGAAGCCUCACAAGUGCCAGGAAUGUGGGAAGCGUUUCCGGGACAGCUCGGCCAUCAUUCGGCAUCAGAGGAUCCACACAGGAGAAAAACCGUAUGAGUGCACCGAGUGUAGAAAAGCCUUCCGGCAGAGCUCCUCACUGGUGACCCACAUGCGAACGCACACAGGUGAAAAGCCCUACAAGUGCCCAGUGUGUGGGAAGGGCUUUAGCCAGAGCUCAGCACUCACCACUCAUCGCCGGAUCCACGGUGGGGCAGCCUUGCCCAUAUACCAUGGUAGCCUCCUGCCCAACCCCUACCAGUGCGCUGAGUGUGGCCGGAGGUGCAGCGACCGCUCCACCCUGACCAAGCACCAGAGCACACAUGCUGAGGAGCGGCCCUACAUCUGUGUGGAGUGCGGGGACAGCUUCCGACGGAGCUCGGCUCUCAACGUGCACCUGAGGAUCCAUCGCGGGGAGAGACCAUACAAGUGUGAGGAAUGUGGAAAAGCAUUCAGGCACAGCUCAGCCCUCGGUGCCCACCUGAGGAUCCAUGCAGGAGCCAAGCCCUACAAGUGUGGUGAGUGUGGGAAAAGCUUCCGGAAAAGCUCAACACUUAAAGUGCAUUUGAAGAUCCACACAGCCAAGAAACAUUAUAAAUGUAUGCUGGGUAGGAGAAUGCUCACUUCCAGCUCACUUCUGCCAUAGGGCUGCAGUGGAUGUUCAGAACGGGAAACAAAAGCAGUGAUUGAGGAUACCUGAAAAAGGUGGGCGAUGAGAACCACGUUGGGAAGAGACUGACUGGAGACAUG